CUGGAAUUCCCCAGCACACCACCCUGGCUGCCUCUGCAAACGCAAUCCUCUGCAAGCCUGAAAAUCACGGCCACAGGGAGGGAGGUGCACAUUUGUUAAUUUGGGGGGCACGUGACGGGGGCCAGCAGGAUGCCAGCGUGGCUGGCCUCUGACACAGCGCGGUCCUUUUAACUCUGGUGGCGACAGAGCCACCAGCACCGCCACCAGCCCGGCCGGACGCGCCCGUGGGCUCUGCCUGGCACAAGAUGUGGCUGUUUAUUGCCGUCCUGCUUUUCACACAAGCACCCACCAGCUCCGAAGGUGCCACGGAGCAGAAAAAGGCUCUGAACCCCGAGGCUCUCAUGAACGUUAGCCAAAUCAUCUGCCACAGAGGGUACCCCAGCGAGGAGUAUGAAGUCCUGACCCAAGACGGCUAUUAUAUCCGGCUGAACAGAAUUCCUCACGGAAGAGGAAAGCCUAAGGACAGAGGGRCCAAGCCAGCCGUGUUUCUGCAGCACGGGAUAUUCGGGGAAGGCAGCCACUGGGUGGAGAACCUGGCCAACAACAGCCUGGGCUUCAUCCUGGCAGACUCUGGCUACGACGUGUGGAUMGGGAACAGCCGGGGGACGCGCUGGUCCCGGCGACACCAGCACCUUUCAGCCGACCAGGUGGAAUUCUGGGAUUUCAGCUUCCAUGAGAUGGCCAUGUACGACCUCCCGGCCGCCAUCGACUUUGUGCUGCAGAAAACAGGGCAGAAGCAGCUCCACUACGUUGGCCACUCCCAGGGCUGCACCAUCGCGUUUAUUGCGUUUUCAUCCAUGCCUGAACUGGCUCAGMAGGUCAAAAUGUUUUUUGCCCUGGGUCCAGUAGUGUCAACCAAGCACGCCAGGAGUCCCAUCCUGAAGAUGUCCUGCCUUCUGGACAAGAAUCUCAAGAUCAUUCCGCUGCUGCUGGGCAGGACGGACGCGACGCUGCACAUGAGGAAGCUGUGGAGGUUCCUGCCGGAGCUGUGCAGGCACAGGCUGCUGCACAGGCCCUGUGCCAACCUCUUCUUCCUGCUGGGCGGCCACAACGAGAAGAACCUCAACAUGACCCGGCUGGACGUGUACACAUCCCACUAUCCCGAUGGCACCUCUGUCAAAAACGUCAUCCACUGGGCCCAGGUGGUGAAAUCAGGAGAAUUCAAGGCCUUUGACUACGGCAGCGAGAACCCGUUCGUGUACCUCCAGGACACACCACCCCUGUACCGCGUGGAGGACAUGCCGGUGCCCACAGCCGUGUGGUCCGGAGGGGAGGACUGGGCAGCGGACUGGAGGGAYGUCCGGCAGCUGCUGCCCCGCAUCGCCCAUCUCGUCAGCUACACCCACAUCCCCGACUGGAACCACUGGGAUUUCAUCUGGGGCCUGGACGCCCCCCGGCGCCUCUACAGCAGCAUCCUGCAGCUGAUGGAGGGGUCCCGCUAGGGCAGCAGCUGCCAGAGGAGUCUGUCCCUGUCCCGCAGMUGGGACAGCCCGAGGAGGGUGUGGCACACUCCCUGCUGUCCCCUCCUCCCUGCUGGCCUGACACGCUUGUGGUGAUGGGGCUUCUCAUGCAUCCCUUGGGUGUUGGGGUCUGUCCUCCACGCUUGGGAGCUCCUCAAGGAGUGGCACAGGGUCAGCCAAGGCUCUGGGGCAGGCAGGAGCCACCAGCCCUGCCAGGAGGGCCCCAAGAGAUGGUGCAGAUCCAGGGGCACACAGGGACCCUGCCAGGACCCCACAGUGGCUGCUCAAUGGGUUGUGGAUUAGAGAGCCAACCCAUAAGGAGGAUGAGUCUGGCUGUGGGGGGACAGGCUGAGAGCAGCCCCCAGCCAUGGCACUGAAAGGGACGRAGGGAGGGGAUGGAUGAGGCCAGACCUUUCUUAGCAGCAGCAACAGGUGAUGCAACGACGGCUUCUGGCCCCAGACUGCAGCCCAGCAGGGCUCAGGUUGGAUUUGGAGAAUCCGUUUUCCCCAAGACAAGUCCUCAAGGAAGUGGAAGGUCUCCAUCUGGACCAAACCAGGCAUUUGCCUCCAUCGUUUGGUGCCGGAGGGUGCCCAGGAACGGCUGCUUGGCUCAGCACCAACACUGGGGAAUGAUCAUCCCUCAUCCCUGCRAGCUGGUGACCCCAAAUACCCUGGGCUAGGUAGCAGGGCUGCCAUCCCCCCAGGAAGCUGCUGCAAGGCUGAUGUCCCCAGCCAGUCCCACCCUGCUGCUCGCUGCAAACCCGGAGGCGGGGAAAAUCUCUCCAAAAUAAAUGCUCAAARGGGAUUUCAGGAGCCUGUGUUCUGACACCCCCAGCUCUUUCUUGCACCUGAAUAUUUGCCAGGGAGCUGCCAGGGCCAGCAGGRACACAGUAACCCCAAAGGCAGCUCUCCGACGGUGCCGGCUGGGAGCAUCCCAGUACAUCCCAGUACCCUGCUCCACCCCUGGGCAUGCGGCAGGAACAUUCUCUGGCAAAAAAAAAA